AGUUGGAAAAGAACACACAGCGAAAUAUCCCGUCUUUUGUCAUCUCCAAUCCCUUCAUUUGCUUCGACAAACGGGGAAGGAAGUGGAACGGAUUUCAUUUUCUUUCUUUAUUAGCCUAUUCAGAUUUGUCUACUACAAUUAUAGGGAAGCAUAGAGAGGUACCUACACAUGGAAAAGAACACAGAGUGUAAGCAACCCAUCUUUUGUCACCUUCAAUCUUUUCAUCUUCUUCUGGUAUAGACAACUACGACAAGGAAGAGUCACCCAUCUCCAUCUCUCUCUCUCUCUCUCUCUCCAGAAAUACGUUCCAAGUCUUGUCUUUUUUUCUCCCAUUCAUUUCCUUUCUGUGACUUUCUCCACGAUGAGGAGUAUAGCAUCUUGUUACAGCGAACAUGCCGUUAAGGUGUCCGAUUUGUAUUGUUCGGGCCCUUCAAACCAGCCUAAUCUCUCAACAAAGAUGAUUCCUUCGACCCCAAAUGCAGUGGGAUGCAUAUACAAAGCCAAACUCUCAACCCAAAAGCAGCUCCUGAUCACGCUCAAUUGGUGCAAUGAACUUAUGGGCCAAGGCUUCAUUAUUAACAUCGAUGACAACGCAUCCUCCCCCUCCAAGUCUAAUUCCAAUUGUCAACGACUGCAAAAGAGCAAAGGCACAAAAAAAUUCCAAUCUUGCAACUCAAAGAUUGAAGUGUUCUGGGAUAUUUCGAAAGCUAAUUAUGAUUCUGGACCUGAGCCGCUGGAUGGGUUUUAUGUCAUGGUUUUUGUUGACUCAGAGCUGAGCCUGCGCCUUGGAGACAAUGAUAUUGAAGACUUAGAAGACAAGAGAUACAACACAGAAACCCCACACGCAAAGUUCUCAUUGGUUUCUAGGAGCGAGCACUUCUCUGGUAAUGCUGUUUAUUCAACUAAGGCACAGUUCUGCGACACAGGAACACCUCAUGACAUCUUGAUCAAAUGUGUUGGAGAAAUAGGAUCAAAGAGUCCUGUAUUAUCUGUUUUCAUUGACAAGAAGAAUAUUUUUCAAGUGAAUAGAUUAAGGUGGAAUUUUAGAGGGAACCAAGCGAUCUUUCUAGAUGGUUUGUUGGUGGAUUUGAUGUGGGAUGUUCAUGACUGGUUCUUCAAUCCAACAUAUGGGUCUGCUGUUUUCAUGUUUAGGACUAGGAGUGGGUUUGACAGCAGGCUGUGGUUGGAGGAGAAGAAUUUGAAACUGAAGGAACAAGAGAAGGUUGGAUUCACGUUGCUGAUCUGUGCUUGUAAGAAAGAAACCUGAUUGGUUCUUUGUUGGUAAUUUUCUUUUUUAAAAUCUGCUUGCUGGUGAACAAGAAAAUUUAUAUAUUAACACAAAAACUGAUUUAUUAACUGUUUCAGUGAUUAUUUUAACAGCAGAAAGAAGAUAUAUAGAUGGUCAAUCUUUUAGUUUAGGGAAAUAUGCCUUACGUGGAUUUGGGAAAACUGUUAUGUGAGUAGGGAUCGAUACAAUUGUAUAUAGAUUCUAAUAGCACAUGGAACAUAUUGUUGAAUGGAUUCUCCCUUUUCUUCUACGGCCACCUCUCCCAAGGCAGAACAUUCUUUCCUGUAGGCCUGCUCGGAAUAUGCGUACGUUACUGGAAUUUGUGUAGAGAAGAACAUUUGAUGCUAGCUGUUGAUUGACGGUAGAUUACAUACGAGAUUAGUUUCGUGUAUUUUGUUUGGUUGGCCUUGGCCCCACUUCGUUAAGAUUAACUAAUCUAUCGGGCCAGGUCUCACGUGGAUUCCUGGGUAGCAUUUAUUUCUUGGCCUUUUGUUGUAUUGGCAACUUAAAAGGGAUUCCGUGGUUAUGAGCUUAAGCUCCGUUUGUACUGGCGGAUGGAAGGAAUGGGAAAGAGGUAAAGGAAUGGCGCAAAAUAUGCCUCUUUCCCUUGUUUGGUAGGAAAGAAAAAUGGAAGAAACGACAGAUCAAUGCUGUAGGUUUAUUACCGUUGUAUCGGGAAAAUUAAUCAUAUCGCCUAACUAAUUUUCUUU